CGUUGUUACAACACAGUCAGAAUCACAAUAAUGCAGAAAUUGUCAUUUGUUAUUAUGUUAAAUUGUUAAAUUAUUAUUUAUAAUGUAAUCAAAAUAAUGUUAGCAAUAAGAUAUAAAGUGUAAAGGUUUUUAAUUUGCAAUGUUAUAUCUAGAAGAUUUUAUUGAAUUAAUAGAGCAGCUGCCGCAAGAUCUAAGAGAUCGUUUUACAGAAAUGAGAGAACUAGAUUUGAAAGUGCAGAAUACUAUAGAUACCAUGGAUACACGUGUUCGUAAGUUUUUUACAGACGCACGUAAAAGCAAGCCUGAAGAGAUUGAAAAAGAAUACGAAAAUAUCCAUAAUUGUUACAAACAAGCCCUUGAUGAUGCAGAUGAAAAAGUUUCUAUGGCAUCACAAAUUUAUGAUUUGGUUGAUAGACACUUGAGAAAGCUUGAUCAAGAGCUUGGUAGAUUUAAAAUGGAACUGGAGGCUGAUUGUUCUGGAAUUACAGAAAUUCUUGAAAAGAGAUCAACAACUAACAAUGAAGACAAUUCUCUUGACUUACUGUAUAACAUUGAUUCUAAAAGCAACCAAAGAAGAAAAUUUGGUGACAUUGAACGACUUUCAACAGCUGCAAUAGUAAAUGGUUUUUCAAAUGAGAAGUCAACAAUUUACAAUUCUUUGUCUACAACCAAAUCUUCUUUUCCACCAACAACAUUUUCUACUCCAAUAUCAACCACUUCUUUGGUGACUUCCAAGUUAAAUGGAAUUGGUUCCAAUACUUUACUUCAAAGCAAUAAAAUGACAGAUUCUCUAAAAGAGCAAGGUAGAGGUGCACAAGCUAGUUUAAAAGCAAUGACAGCUGCACAGAAAAAAGCUGAACAACUUGUUAACAGUCUAUCAUUAAGUGGGCUUAUUGCUCCAUCUAACAAAAACCCAUCAAAUAGUACUUCAUCUACUACUUCAUCUUUAUUUGCUGAUGUCUCUAAUGGAAGUUCUAGUUUUGCACAUAAAGCUACACCAACAUUACCUGCUUCUGCUAUUAGUACCGCUCGGAUACAGAAAAGUGGAAGAAGAGGUCAGAAAAGUAUUACUUCAUCCCAACCAACCUCAACACAAUCAGAAACAAAGCAUGCUGGUCCUUCACUAGAUUGGGUACCUGAUCCCAAUGAGCCUACAUAUUGCUUAUGUAAUCAGGUAUCCUAUGGUGAAAUGGUUGGCUGCGACAAUAGCGCUUGUCCUGUUGAAUGGUUUCACUAUGGUUGUGUUGGAUUGACGGACGCUCCAAAAGGAAAAUGGUACUGUCCUGAUUGCGCUGCGCAACUGAAAAAGAAACGUAUUCGAUAAAUUGAAUGCCAAAGCCCAUAAAAGGGUUGAUAUUCACGAACGUGGUAUGAAGUCAAAGAUCGUGGAAUUCUAUAAAACAGGUCGAUUGAAAGGUGAGAGUCAAAAAUGGUAUUUGAAGUCUGUAUACAAAAAAAUUCUUAUUUAUUUCGAAUGUAAAUAUAGAUUAAAGCAAUAGAUAAAAUAGAAACUUUA